AUGGAGCCGUGGUCCUCUAGGUGGAAAACGAAACGGUGGCUCUGGGACUUCACCGUAACAACCCUCGCACUGACUUUCCUCUUCCAAGCUAGAGAGGUCAGAGGAGCUGCUCCAGUUGAUGUACUAAAAGCAUUAGAUUUUCACAAUUCUCCAGAGGGAAUAUCAAAAACAACAGGAUUUUGCACAAACAGAAAGAAUUCUAAAGGUUCAGAUGCUGCUUACAGAGUCUCAAAGCAAGCACAAGUCAGUGCCCCAACAAAACAGUUGUUUCCAGGUGGAACUUUUCCGGAAGAUUUUUCAAUAUUAUUUACAGUAAAACCCAAAAAAGGAAUCCAGUCUUUCCUUCUAUCUAUAUAUAAUGAGCAUGGCAUUCAGCAAGUUGGUGUUGAGGUUGGGAGAUCACCUGUUUUUCUGUUUGAGGACCAUACUGGAAAACCUGCCCCCGAAGACUAUCCCCUCUUCAGAACUGUUAACAUCGCUGAUGGAAAGUGGCAUCGGGUAGCAAUCAGCGUGGAGAAGAAAACUGUGACGAUGAUUGUCGAUUGUAAGAAGAAAACCACAAAACCACUUGAUAGAAGUGAGAGAGCGAUUGUUGAUACCAAUGGAAUCACGGUGUUUGGAACAAGGAUUUUGGAUGAAGAAGUGUUUGAGGGGGACAUCCAGCAGUUGUUGAUCACGGGCGACCCCAAGGCGGCGUAUGACUACUGUGAGCAUUACAGUCCAGACUGUGACUCCUCAGCACCCAAGGCUGCUCAGGCUCAGGAACCUCAGAUAGACGAGUAUGCGCCUGAGGAUUUAAUCGAAUAUGACUAUGAGUAUGGGGAAGCAGAAUAUAAGGAGGCUGAAAGUGUAACAGAGGGACCCCUUGUAACUGAGGAGACAGUAGCACAAACGGAGAAAAAGAAAUCCAAUUUCAAAAAGAAGACGAGGACAGUGGCCACUAACUCAAAGGAAAAGCCCAAAAAGUUUACACCCCCCAAAUCUGAAACAUUUUCAUCCAAGAAGAAGAAAAGUUACCAAGCAUCAGCCAAAGCCAAGCUAGGGGCCAAUGUUGUUGAUGAUUUUCAAGAAUACAAUUAUGGAACAAUGGAAAGUUACCAGACAGAAGCUCCUAGGCGUGUGUCUGGAACAAAUGAGCCAAAUCCAGUAGAAGAAGUAUUUACUGAAGAAUAUCUAACUGGAGAGGAUUUAACUGGAGAGGAUUAUGAUUCCCAGAGGAAAAAUUCAGAGGAUACACUAUAUGAAAACAGAGAAAUAGACGGCAGGGACUCUGAUCUUCUGGUAGAUGGAGAUUUAGGCGAAUAUGAUUUUUAUGAAUAUAAAGAAUAUGAAGACAAACCAACAAGCCCCACUAAUGAAGAAUUUGGUCCAGGUGUACCAGCAGAAACUGAUAUUACAGAAACAAGCAUAAAUGGCCAUGGUGUAUAUGGGGAAAAAGGACAGAAAGGAGAACCAGCAGUGGUCGAACCUGGUAUGCUUGUUGAAGGACCACCUGGCCCAGCAGGACCUGCAGGUCUUAUGGGUCCUCCAGGUCUGCCAGGGCCCACUGGACCCCCUGGCGAUCCUGGCGACAGGGGGCCCCCGGGACGUCCUGGCUUACCGGGGGCUGACGGUCUACCUGGUCCUCCUGGGACUAUGUUGAUGCUACCGUUCCGUUAUGGUGGCGAUGGUUCCAAAGGACCAACCAUCUCUGCUCAGGAAGCUCAGGCUCAGGCGAUUCUUCAGCAGGCUCGGAUUGCUCUGAGAGGCCCACCAGGCCCAAUGGGUCUAACUGGAAGACCAGGUCCUGUGGGGGGACCUGGUUCAGCUGGGGCCAAAGGUGAGAGUGGUGAUCCAGGUCCACAGGGCCCUCGAGGUGUCCAGGGUCCCCCUGGUCCAACGGGAAAACCUGGAAAAAGGGGUCGCCCAGGGGCUGAUGGAGGAAGAGGAAUGCCAGGAGAACCAGGGUCAAAGGGAGAUCGGGGAUUUGAUGGACUUCCUGGUCUGCCAGGUGACAAAGGUCACAGGGGUGAACGAGGUCCCCAAGGUCCUCCAGGUGCCCCUGGUGAUGAUGGAAUGAGGGGAGAAGAUGGAGAAAUAGGACCCAGAGGUCUUCCAGGUGAAGCUGGUCCACGAGGUCUGCUGGGACCGAGGGGAACGCCAGGAAUACCAGGACAGCCUGGUAUGGCUGGUGUGGAUGGCCCUCCAGGACCAAAAGGGAACAUGGGUCCCCAAGGGGAGCCUGGACCUCCAGGUCAGCAAGGAAACCCAGGACCUCAAGGUCUUCCUGGUCCACAAGGUCCCAUUGGUCCUCCUGGUGAAAAAGGACCACAAGGAAAACCAGGGCUUGGUGGACUCCCUGGUGCCGAUGGACCUCCUGGUCAUCCUGGAAAAGAAGGCCAGUCUGGAGAAAAGGGUGCUCUGGGUCCUCCUGGUCCACAAGGUCCUAUUGGCUACCCUGGCCCCCGAGGAGUAAAGGGAGCAGAUGGUGUCAGAGGUCUCAAGGGAUCUAAAGGUGAAAAGGGUGAAGAUGGUUUUCCAGGAUUCAAAGGUGACAUGGGUCUUAAAGGUGACAGAGGAGAAGUUGGUCAAAUAGGCCCAAGAGGAGAAGAUGGCCCUGAAGGCCCCAAGGGUCGAGCAGGCCCAACUGGAGACCUGGGUCCUCCUGGUCAAGCAGGAGAAAAGGGGAAACUUGGAGUUCCAGGAUUACCAGGAUACCCCGGGAGACAAGGUCCGAAGGGUUCCACGGGAUUCCCUGGGUUUCCAGGUGCCAAUGGAGAGAAGGGUGCACGGGGAGUAGCUGGCAAACCAGGACCUCGGGGUCAACGUGGUCCAACGGGUCCUCGAGGUUCUAGAGGUGCGAGAGGUCCCACUGGGAAACCUGGGCCAAAGGGUACUUCAGGAGGUGAUGGCCCUCCUGGCCCUCCAGGUGAAAGAGGUCCUCAAGGACCUCAGGGUCCAGUCGGAUUUCCUGGACCAAAAGGCCCUCCUGGACCACCUGGGAAGGAUGGACUGCCAGGACACCCAGGGCAACGUGGGGAGACUGGAUUUCAAGGCAAGACGGGACCUCCUGGCCCAGGAGGAGUUGUUGGGCCCCAGGGACCAACUGGUGAGACUGGCCCGAUAGGUGAACGUGGGCACCCUGGCCCUCCUGGCCCUCCUGGGGAGCAAGGUCUUCCAGGUGCUGCCGGAAAAGAAGGUGCAAAGGGUGACCCAGGUCCUCAAGGUAUCUCAGGGAAGGAUGGACCGGCGGGACUACGUGGUUUCCCAGGUGAAAGAGGUCUUCCUGGAGCUCAGGGUGCACCUGGACUGAAAGGAGGGGAAGGUCCCCAGGGCCCACCAGGCCCAGUUGGCUCUCCAGGAGAGCGUGGAUCUGCAGGCACAGCUGGCCCGAUUGGUUUGCCAGGGCGCCCUGGACCCCAGGGCCCUCCCGGUCCUGCUGGAGAGAAAGGUGCUCCUGGAGAAAAAGGUCCCCAAGGCCCUGCAGGGAGAGAUGGAGUGCAAGGUCCUGUGGGUCUCCCAGGCCCUGCUGGCCCUGCCGGCUCCCCGGGAGAAGACGGGGACAAGGGUGAAAUUGGUGAACCUGGCCAGAAAGGCAGCAAGGGUGACAAAGGAGAAAAUGGUCCACCGGGUCCCCCAGGUCUUCAAGGACCAGUUGGUGCUCCUGGAAUUGCUGGAGGUGAUGGUGAACCAGGUCCUAGAGGACAGCAGGGGAUGUUUGGACAAAAAGGUGAUGAGGGUGCCAGAGGUUUCCCGGGCCCUCCCGGUCCCAUAGGUCUGCAGGGUCUUCCAGGCCCCCCUGGAGAAAAAGGUGAAAAUGGGGAUGUUGGCCCCAUGGGCCCCCCUGGUCCUCCAGGCCCAAGAGGUCCUCAAGGUCCCAAUGGAGCUGAUGGACCACAAGGACCCACAGGAUCUGUUGGUUCAGUUGGUGGUGUUGGAGAAAAGGGUGAACCUGGAGAAGCAGGGAACCCAGGGCCUCCUGGGGAAGCCGGCCCGGGAGGUCCCAAAGGAGAAAGAGGAGAAAAAGGUGAAGCUGGCCCACCUGGAGCUGCUGGACCUCCUGGUGCUAAGGGACCACCAGGUGACGAUGGCCCUAAGGGUAACCCGGGUCCUGUUGGUUUUCCUGGAGAUCCUGGCCCUCCUGGGGAACCUGGCCCUUCAGGUCAAGAUGGUGUCAGUGGUGACAAGGGUGAAGAUGGAGAUACUGGUCAACCAGGUCCUCCUGGUCCAUCUGGUGAGGCUGGCCCACCAGGUCCUCCUGGAAAAAGAGGUCCUCCUGGAGCUGCAGGUGCAGAGGGUCGACAGGGCGAGAAAGGAGCUAAGGGAGAAGCAGGUGCUGAAGGUCCUUCUGGAAAAACGGGCCCAGUCGGUCCCCAGGGACCUGCGGGAAAGCCUGGUCCGGAAGGUCUUCGGGGCAUUCCUGGGCCUGUGGGAGAACAAGGCCUUCCUGGAGCUGCAGGCCAAGACGGACCCCCGGGUCCCCUGGGACCUCCUGGUUUACCAGGUCUUAAAGGUGACCCUGGCUCCAAGGGUGAAAAGGGACAUCCUGGCUUAAUUGGCCUGAUUGGUCCUCCAGGAGAACAAGGGGAAAAGGGGGACAGAGGACUCCCUGGAACUCAAGGGUCUCCAGGAGCAAAGGGAGAUGGGGGAAUUCCCGGUCCUGCCGGUCCCAUAGGUCCACCUGGUCCUCCAGGCUUACCAGGUCCUCAAGGCCCAAAGGGUAACAAAGGCUCUUCUGGACCUGCUGGACAGAAAGGUGACAGUGGUCUUCCCGGGCCCCCUGGGCCUCCAGGUCCUCCGGGUGAAGUCAUUCAGCCUUUACCAAUCUUGUCACCCAAAAAAACCAGAAGGCAUACUGAAAGCAUGCAAGCUGAUGCAGAAGAUAAUAUUGUUGAUUACUGGGAUGGAAUGGAGGAAAUAUUUGGUUCUCUCAACUCACUGAAACAAGACAUUGAGCAUAUGAAGUUUCCAAUGGGUACCCAAACCAAUCCAGCCCGAACUUGCAAAGACUUGCAACUCAGCCAUCCAGACUUCCCAGAUGGUGAAUAUUGGAUUGAUCCUAACCAGGGUUGUACAGGAGAUUCCUUCAAAGUUUACUGUAAUUUCACAUCUGGUGGUGAGACUUGUAUUUAUCCAGAGAAGAAAUCUGAGGGAGUAAGGAUUUCAUCAUGGCCAAAGGAGAGACCAGGAAGCUGGUAUAGUGAAUUUAAGAGAGGAAAAAUGCUUUCAUAUUUAGAUGUUGAAGGCAAUUCCAUUAAUAUGGUGCAAAUGACGUUCCUGAAACUUCUAACUGCCUCUGCUCGGCAGAAUUUCACCUACAACUGUCAUCAGUCCGCAGCCUGGUAUGACGUAUCAUCAGGCAGUUACGACAAAGCACUUCGGUUCUUGGGGUCAAAUGAUGAGGAGAUGUCCCAUGACAAUAACCCUUUUAUCAAAGCACUAUAUGAUGGCUGUGCGUCCAGAAAAGGCUAUGAAAAAACUGUGAUUGAAAUCAACACACCAAAAAUUGAUCAAGUACCUAUAGUUGAUGUCAUGAUCAAUGACUUUGGUGAUCAGAAUCAGAAGUUUGGAUUUGAAGUUGGUCCUGCUUGUUUCCUUGGCUAAGAUUAGGACAAAGAACAUACAAAAACCAACAGAAAAUAUACCUUGGUGCCACCAACCCAUUUUAUGCCACAUGCAAGUUUUGAAUACGGAUGGUCUAGAAAACAACUUGCCUGGUAUACAUGUACCAUUUAGGAAGUACUGAUGUCCUUACGGGACAGAAUCACAGGACAAAGCUUUGAAAAUUAUAAAAAUCUAAGAUAGUGUGGCUGAGAUGGAAACAGAGUUGCUUCUUGAUUCCCAAUUCUCAUCUCUCCUUUUCCUAUUUGGAUUUCUUUGGUGCUGUAGAAAACAAAGAGAAAAAAAUAUAUAUUCGUACAAAAUAUGGUGCUCAUUCCCAUCCAUUAAGGAUGUGCUAAAACCGUGUGUUUGAUACAUUGUAAUUAUUUUAUGUACAG